UUAUUUCCGCUUGUGUUUUUGUGAUUAAUUUAUUUUAUUUUUUCUCUAAUACUCCCUGUACUGUUAUUUGUGUUGUAAUAUUACUGUGUUGUUAAUAAAGUUGAGGAGGAAGGAGGAGGACGAGGGGGGUUUACUCCAACCUGACCCGGAAGGAUUCGUGCUUCCCUCACAUGUGGACAGGAUUUUAACCUAACACAGUGACGGGAACGUGUUUGUGUGUUGUGAUACAACCUCAGACAGACAGACAGACAGACGCGUGAUGAUCCUGGCAGUCUGCUGUAAUAACAAUAAACCAGCAGAGCUGUUAACACACCGCGCCGAGCUGCUUGUGGCUGUAGAUCGCUGCUGCUGCAGAGGCGACACAUGAUACGAUGGAAAAUUUAGAGUUGAGCCUGUCAUCACUGGGCACCAUAUCCAGACAUGUUGACAAAAGUCACAACGAACUGAGCCAAUAUCUGUCGAAACAGAUAUGGAGCCAGCAGGACAGGCAGUGUAUCCUGGAGUGUUUGGCUCAGCUGCUGUUAGAGAAGGAUUAUACUUUGCUGAUUGCACGACACCUGCGUCCACUGGUCCUGGACCUGCUGGAGCGGAACGCAGAGAGGGUGAAAGCUGGCGGCAGGAUCAACCAUGACCUCCACGAGCGCCUGUGUGUGGCCCUCAGCAAACUGCUCGGCAUCAGCCCUGAUGCACAGGCGUUUGCUGCAAGGUACUUCAACGAUGCCCCGCCAGUGUUUCAGAGGCUCUUCUUCACCAGUGAAGAGUCAUCAGCUGUUCAUUAUGGCCCCAGGAGGAUGAAGCUGCGUGACCUCAUGGGUGCCACCCUCCGCUUCCUCCAGAGUGACUGUGCCAAGUUUCGAAUGCUCUGGGACUGGAGUCCCUGCGUGUCCCAGCUGCUCACCAGCGACGUCAUGGUUCGAGGGUACACUGCCCAUUGUUUAGCACUUGUGUCUCAUAUGACUGAUAAUCAGAAAACAAUCUUUCUGAGGAAGGUGCUGACAAGUGAUGAGAUCCUGCACAUGAAAAUUAAAGCUUUGGAAGAAACUCAGCAGCUGGAGGUAGAAAAAGCCCUGGUGUUAGCCAAUCAGGGCUCUGUGAUGUGGCGCCAAGAGAAGGCUAAUAAGUUUACCAGAGGCCAGGUGGUAUCAGAGGACCUGUCUCAGAAUGUUGUGGCAGUGUGCGGUGUUGUUCUACCCAGGAUCAUUCCUAGACAGACUGAACAGAUGAACCAAAAGGAUCUGGUGCUGGUCGACUCAACCUGCCGUAAUCUGAGAAGGCUGGCACUGGCUGUGGCUUCCCAGAAGCCUGUGCUCCUUGAGGGUCCUAUUGGAUGUGGUAAAACCGCCCUGGUGGAAUUUAUGGCUGCUGUCACUGGACAUACAAAAGCUACAGAGAUUCUCAAGGUCCAGUUGGGGGAUCAAACUGACAGUAAGAUGCUGCUGGGGAUGUACCGUUGUACUGACAUACCAGGAAAGUUUGUGUGGCAGCCAGGGACACUGACACAAGCUGUAUCUAAAGGCCAGUGGAUCCUGCUGGAAGACAUAGACCAUGCACCGCUAGAUGUGGUAUCUGUGCUACUGCCUUUGAUGGAGAAUAAAAAGUUGAUGAUUCCUGGACGGGAGGAUUGCAUUGAUGUUGCUCCUGGAUUUCAGUUCUUUGCAACAAGGAGGAUGUACUGCAGUGGUGGCAGUUGGCACAAACCACAGAACUCUCAUGCAGUGCUGCUGGACAAGUACUGGACCAAGCUGCAAAUGGGCAACAUGACAAGAGAAGAGCUGAAGAAGGUGCUCAUCAGCAGGUAUCCGAGGCUGACGGUGGUGACAGACCGUCUCCUGGAUAUCUACUGCCAACUGACUGGAGAGAGACACUCCGACACGGAUGCAAACAGCCUCCCGAGCCCUGAUGACAGCCAGCAGCACAAGUCUGAGGACAAAACCACAUCUCUGGAGGGCAGAGCGCUGUCACUGAGAGACUUACUGAAAUGGUGUGAGCGAAUCAGCGUCAACUUCGACGGCACCUCCUCAGCCACAGCACAACAUGUCUUCCAAGAGGCUCUUGACUGCUUCACGGCAAUGCUGUCUCAUCCCGAGAGUCGACUGCGAAUGGCUGAGAUCAUUGGAAGCAAGCUCAAUAUCUCCAAAGAGAAGGCCCAGCACUUCUGCCAGAUGUAUCAGCCUGGCAUCUCGCUGACCGAGCUGGAGGCCUCGGUGGGCAGAGUGACUCUGGGUCGAAAGCAGACGGAAGCGGUGCAGCUGAGUGUGGAUAACCAGACGUUUGCUGCCACACGACCUGCUGCUGUGCUGCUGGAACAGCUGGCGGUGUGUGUGGGCAAGGGGGAGCCUGUUCUCCUAGUGGGAGAGACGGGAACUGGAAAGACCUCCACUGUCCAACACCUGGCCAGAGUCACAGGUCACAGGUUACGAGUCGUGAACAUGAACCAGCAGAGCGACACUGCUGACCUGCUCGGAGGGUACAAGCCAGUAGACCACAAGCAGAUCCUGCUCCCCCUGCGGGAGGCCUUUGAGGACCUUUUCUCCCAGACGUACUCGAGGAAGCAGAACCUGACUUUCCUGGGUCAUGUGCAGACCUGCUUCAGGGGGAAACGCUGGCAGGAUCUGCUCAAACUCAUGGACCACGUCUGCAAGUCUGCGCUCACUCAGGAGCUGCAAGAGAAAUCAAAUGCUGCCUUGCUGCAGGAGCAGUGGGAGGCGCUGGCGGGAAAACUGAGUCAGACCCAGCAGCAGAUCCGAGCCUGUGAGACAGCCAUGGUCUUUGCUUUUGUAGAGGGAACAUUAGCCCAGGCAGUGAAGAAGGGCCACUGGAUCCUGCUGGAUGAGAUCAACCUGGCGGCAGCAGAGACUCUGGAGUGUCUGAGUGGACUGCUGGAGGGCAGCGCCGGGUCUCUGGUGCUGCUCGACCGUGGAGAUACUGAGCCCCUGAUCCGCCACCCAGACUUCCGGCUCUUUGCCUGCAUGAACCCAGCUACUGAUGUGGGGAAGAGGAACCUGCCUCUGGGCCUCAGGAACAGGUUUACUGAGCUGUAUGUGGAGGAGCUGGAGAAUGAGGGAGAUCUGCGUAUUCUGGUUUCAGACUACCUCAAAUGCUUGAAUCCACACAGGAACAUCAUCAGUGGCAUCAUAAGUUUUUACCUGGCAGUAAGGAAGGAGGCCAACUCCCACCUGGUGGAUGGAACAGGCCACAGACCACACUAUAGCCUGCGUACUCUGUGCAGGGCACUGAAGUACGUGGCAGCAAACCCCUGCAACAGUGUGCAGCGCUCGCUCUAUGAGGGUUUCUGCCUGAGCUUCUUGACUCAGCUGGACAGAAGCUCCCAUCCUCUGGUCCAGAAGCUGGUGUGUCAGCACAUCCUGAUAGGGAACACCAAGUGUCUCAAACACGCUAUCCCGGCGCCCUCGGGCCGGCUCUGUGUGGAGGUGGAAGGCUACUGGGUAUCCCAGGGAGAGAUGGAGCCAGCUCUGGACCCCAGCUAUAUCCUCACCGCCUCAGUCAAGCUCAACCUGCGCGACCUCGCCAGAGUGGUGUCUGCAGGGACUCACCCGGUGCUGAUCCAGGGAGAGACGUCUGUGGGGAAGACCAGCCUGAUCCACUGGCUGGCUGCAGCCACGGGGAACCAGUGUGUGAGAAUCAACAACCACGAGCACACUGAUAUCCAGGAGUACAUCGGCUGCUACUCAUCAGACGACAGGGGCAAGCUGAUGUUCAAAGAGGGCGUUCUGAUCGACGCCAUGAGAAAAGGCUACUGGAUCAUUCUGGAUGAGCUGAACCUCGCCCCCACGGACGUCCUGGAGGCUCUCAACAGACUGCUGGAUGACAACAGGGAGCUCUUCGUGGCCGAGACACAGGAAGUCAUCAAGGCUCACCCCAGAUUCAUGUUGUUUGCUACCCAGAAUCCCCCUGGUCUCUACGGUGGUAGAAAGGUGCUGUCCAGGGCUUUCAGGAACCGCUUUGUGGAGCUGCACUUUGAUGAGCUGCCCAGUGGAGAGCUGGAGACCAUCCUCCACCAGAGAUGCAGCCUGCCUCCAUCCUACUGCACCAAGCUGGUCAAGGUCAUGCAAGACCUUCAGUCCCUACGCAGGGGAUCUUCCGUGUUUGCGGGGAAACACGGCUUCAUCACCCUCAGAGAUCUUUUCCGCUGGGCAGACCGCUACAGGCUGGAGGAGCAGAUGGAGGCCUCUCAGGACUGGCUGCAGCAUUUGGCUGAUGACGGGUACAUGCUGUUGGCAGGACGUGUGAGGAAGCCGGAGGAAGAGACCACCAUCCUGUCCAUCCUGGAGAAACACUUCAAGAGGACGGUGAACCCUAAAAACCUGUUCUCUCAGAAACAGGUCACCAGCCAGUUCAGUCCCUUCAUCGACAGCAUCGCUGGAGUUCCAGAGGAGUUUCGCCAUGUGGUGUGGACACACGGCAUGAGGAGAUUAGCUGUGCUGGUAGGACGGGCGCUUCGAUUCGGCGAGUCUGUCCUGCUCGUAGGAGACACUGGAUGUGGAAAGACUACAAUCUGCCAGCUCUUUGCUGCUUUGGCUGGACAGAAAUUUUUCUCAGUCAACUGUCACCUCCACAUGGAGACGUCUGACUUCCUGGGAGGACUGCGACCCGUCAGACACACACAUCAGGCUGACGGGGAGGACUGCAGGCUGUUUCAGUGGCUUGAUGGUCCUCUGGUGCUGGCCAUGAAAGAGGGAGGAGUGUUCCUCAUGGAUGAGAUCUCCCUGGCAGACGACUCUGUGCUGGAGAGACUCAACAGUGUUCUAGAGACGGAGAAGUCCCUCGUCCUGGCAGAGAAGGGCAGCGGGGACAAUGACGAUGUGGAGCUGAUCAGUGCAGCUGCAGGUUUCCGUCUGGUAGCUACCAUGAACCCUGGAGGAGACUUUGGCAAAAAGGAGCUCUCUCCAGCCCUCAGGAACCGUUUCACAGAGAUCUGGUGUCCUCAGAGCAAUGGCCGCAGUGACCUGGUUCAGAUCAUCCAACACAACCUGCGCUCUGGCCUCUCAAUCGAUGGCGGCGAUAUCGCAGAGCUGAUGCUGGACUUCAUCGAGUGGUUGACCCAGCAGGACUUUGGCCGGCGCUGCAUCCUGAGUGUCAGAGACAUCCUGUCAUGGGUAAACUUCCUCAACGCUGUGUGUGAGCGGGACGAGGAUGGCUUCAUGACUAUGGGAGCCCUCGAAGAUGAAGAAGAAGCAGAGUGGGAUCUCAGACUGGACACUGUUACAGCCUUCAUCCACGCAGCAUGUCUGGUCUACAUAGACGGCAUCGGCUCAGGGACCACAGUGUCCUGUGCAGACAAUGCCUUCCUUGCUCGCCGGCUGAGCCUUGGUUUCCUGCAACAGCGGCUGAGCAAGAUGACCAAGCUGGAUCAGGAUAUGCUGGACGCCCUGAGAGUCUAUGACACCAGCCUGCCAAGGGAACCCCAGUGGGGUGAAGACUUCUUCGGCAUCGACCCCUUCUACAUCGCCUUAGGGCCUCAGACGGAGAGCCGUAACCUGUCAGAGUACGCCAUCGCAGCAGGCACUACCGCAGUGAACGCCCAGAGGCUUCUUCGAGCGCUAAAGCUGCAGAGGCCUGUGCUGCUGGAGGGCUCGCCUGGCGUGGGAAAGACCAGCCUGGUGGCAGCACUGGCAAAAGCUUCUGGGAACCACCUUGUCAGAAUCAACCUGUCUGAGCAAACGGAUGUUACUGACUUGUUUGGGACAGAUCUCCCGGUGGAGGGAGGGAAGGGAGGAGAGUUUGCAUGGCGCGACGGCCCCCUUUUGGCUGCUUUGAAGGCAGGCCACUGGGUUGUCCUGGAUGAGCUGAACCUGGCCUCUCAGUCGGUGUUGGAGGGUCUGAACGCCUGCUUUGAUCACCGAGCAGAGAUCUACAUUCCUGAACUGGGCAUGAGCUUCCAGGUUCAGCAUGAGAAGACCAAGAUCUUUGGCUGCCAGAACCCUUUCACUCAAGGAGGUGGACGUAAGGGACUGCCCAAGUCCUUCCUCAACAGAUUCACUCAGGUUUUUGUGGACCAGCUAACCAGCAAAGACAUGGAGUUCAUAGGAGACUCCAUUUUCCCCAACAUCGAUAAGGAAAUCAUUGCUAAAAUGGUGGAGUUCAGUAACAGGCUUGUCCAGGAGGUGUGUGUGGAGCGGCGGUGGGGUCAGAAAGGAAGCCCCUGGGAGUUCAACCUGCGCGACAUGUUCCGUUGGUGUCAGCUGAUGCAGGCUGACCAGUCGCCGGGAUUUUUCAACCCAGGCCAACAUGUAGCCGUGGUGUACGCUGACAGGAUGAGAACAGAGGCUGACAAGGCUCAGGUGCUGUCUGUGUUCAGGAAAGUGUUUGGGGAGGACUUUGAGCCGUACACAGGCUCCAGACAGUUCCAUACCACUCCUCUCAACCUGCAGGUGGGCUUCUCAGUCCUGCAGCGCAGCGGUGGAGCCCCUGUGGCCUUGGACCCCCCACUGUCCAUCACACACCAGGCCCUUCGGCCCCUGGAGUCCCUGAUGAAGUGUGUAGAGAUGGGCUGGAUGACCAUACUUGUGGGGCCUACGGCUAGUGGAAAGACGAGCCUGGUGAGACUGCUGGCUCUGCUGACAGGGCACCGCCUGAGGGUCAUGGCCAUGAACAGUGCCAUGGACACCACGGAGCUGCUGGGAGGCUUCGAACAGGUGGAUAUCAUGCGGCCAUGGCUGCAAGUGUUGGAAAGCGUGGACUACAUAGUUGCUAUGGUAAUAAGGCGUGGCCUGAUGUCGCUGGAUGUCGGCAUCCAGGACACAGAGUUCCUGCUGCAGACAUGGGGUCUGUUCUGCCACUGGCUGAAGGAGGAAGGGCUGCAAAGAUCCGGGGGAACGGUCAACUCUGAGGCACUGAACAAGCUGGAGGUCAUCAUCCUCCUCCUGCAGAAACUCAACACCAAGCUCAAAGUGUUCACAGACAUGUCCAAACUGCAGAUGGACUUCACGCUGCUGAAGGAGCGUCUGGCCCAGCUGGAGGACGGAUGGACCAACGGAGGCUUUGAGUGGUUGGAUGGUAUGCUGGUCCAGGCCCUGCAGGCUGGUGACUGGCUGCUCAUGGACAACGUCAACUUCUGCAGUGCGUCUGUCCUGGAUCGCCUCAAUGCUCUGCUGGAGCCUGGCGGAUCCCUCACCAUCAAUGAACGUGGCGUCAUAGAUGGGAAGACCCCGAAGAUCACCCCACAUCCUAACUUCAGGUUGUUCCUGACCAUGGACCCUGUGCACGGGGAGCUCUCCAGAGCCAUGAGGAACAGAGGGGUGGAGGUUUACAUCCCUGGGGAACAUGAGGGGGUCUGCUGGGACACACUGGACCUGAAGACCCUGCUUCAUACUGCGGGGGUGACUGGGGACUGUGUGUGUGAUCUGCUGAUUGAAAUACAUAAAAGCAUCAAAUCUGCCAUCUGGGAUUCCCCUGCUUCAUCAUUGGCCUCCCUCAUCCAUGCUGCCACCCUGCUAUCCUGUCAGCUGCAGAGAGGUGUAGAUUUGCCCAGCGCGCUGCAGCAUGCCUGUGGAGAAGCCUACUCCUUCAGCCAACGCACCACUGCCAGCCAAAAGCAAGCCCAGCAGGUGAUUGAGCAGCAUUUGGCCAUCCUGGACACGGAGGACUGGGGCAGUGGGCUGCUGUGUGCUGGGGUUUGGCCUGACGGCUUCCCCUCUGCCCUCCUCUCCACGGAGGAUUCCUGCUUCUCCGCUGUCCUCCGAGAUGGACAGGUCCUGUCAUUUUGCCUGAACACCCUCAGCCUACAGGGCAAACGGAAUCGUCCACUGAGUCUGAGUGACCUGCAGAGGGCGUUGCAGAGCAAUGGUGUCCAUGAAAGCCAGGUGUUCUCAGGAGGAGUGGUGGAUUUAGAGGAAGGAGAUGCUCUGCGUCUGAUUCCCACGGCAGUGAGACUGCUCACAGAGAGAGCCUCUCACGGAGACUGGAUCCUCCGCAGCAGCUGGCUCUCACACCUAGGAAAGAGCUACAAAUAUGCCCCUGAUCCAGCUCUGGUCCAGGUGGAGGCAGGAAACAGAGCUCUGAAGGCUGUGUUCAGUAGCAAACUCACUACUAAGGGCAAGUCCCUUACAGAGUUGCUGCAGCCACACAGCAUAGAUGAAUACAGGAUUCUGGUGGACAUGCGCUGGAACAAGCAGUACCUGGAUAUUUUAGCCAACAAGUGUAACUUUGAGGAUGAAGAAAGAUACAUGGAAUUUCUGGAGGCACUGAACGCAGUUGCCAACAGAAUUGUUCUGAUGAUGGACAGAGAGGAGAGGUCUGUCAUCUGCACCUGUGCUAUCAACCUGUCUGCUCAGAACUCUGCCCUGAGAAUAGCCACAGCCUUCAGCAAAGGGACUGUGGACAUUGGUCACCUGCCCCACCCAGUACUGAUGCACCUGCGGACCUUCUUUGACUUGUGGGACUCAUUCACCCUGCAGGCUGUGCAGGGCGGACAGCCCUACAUCUCAGACUACAUCAUGUUUGAGAUCCUGCAGCUGCUGCAGUGGCGUGAUCGUUUCUGGGAUGUUUGCAGCACGCUGCCGGCUGACUCUCAGGGCAUCUCUGUGCUAUCUCUGCACUGGCAGUGGGUACAGAAACACCUCAUCCUCCGACUGCCCCAACUGCUGCUGGGAGAUGCAGACGUCACAUUCGAAGGUCACCAGGAGCUGCAGGCGGUCUCAGCAGCCAUCCAGACUGUUCUGUCCACCCCGGUGUCUGUGGCCACAGCUCUGAAAGGCAUCCAGAAAACACUGGGGAAAGCUCUGCCGUUUAAGUUGGAGUCAGUGGCUGAGUGUGCAACUCGGCUCAGGCUCUUGAGUAAAGCCCUGGAUGUGAGCGAUCUGAGGCUGGACGGUACCACUGGUCCUUGGAAGCAGGAGCUGGUCCGUCUUCAGAGUGCUGGGCUCGGGCUGGACAUCAAGGAGAGUCUGCUAGAGGCCUGGGGCCUUGUUCUGCUGGCAAACAACCAGCUGGAUCCACAGAAGUCUGGAGUGAUGGAGAGGUUGGUGGCAAGUGUAGAGCAGCAGCAGCGCCAGAUGACCUCCAGUGGUCUCCUGGAGGCCUGCACCAUGUCUGAGGGGGAUGAACCAGGAGAUGGAAUCCACCUGGCCAGAGGGGAGCUGCAGCAGCUCAGCCGCAGGGCUCAGCUCUGGCCCCUGAUGGAACAACUGGCCAUACUCAACCAGCUGAGGCUCAGCACAGACCUGCUGCAGCUGGCUCUCUCUCCUGGCGACCAGGAGGCAGAGGACAGCUUACGUCGGGACCUCUCCAGACAUCUUCGCUACUGCCUCCAGUCCUCACCAAUGAACGUCAGUCAGCUCCAGCCACUCUGGUUCCUGCUCAGCAGUGACAGGCCGGCAGAGGAGCUGCAGUUUGUGUGGUGUGAGCUGCUGUCUGAGGCUCUGGCUGCUCUGUGGACCAGCAGUGUGACAUCAGACCCUGACCGCUGGCUGAAAUGGGACCCACUGAAUUCUGAGACCAAGCUGACUCCAAAGCUACACCACGGAGCAGAUAACAUGGGACCAGCCUUGUUGAGUAAAGCGGUGUGGUCACAUUGCAUGCUGGGAGUGCUGAGCAGCAGUGAGACUGAAGGUCGAUGGGAACCGUCAGGGGCUGCCCUCCUCUCCCUCUCUCAUGUCACCCUGGGGGAAUGGAAGGAGAGGAUCCAGCAGCUCCAGGAUGUGUCUGCAGUGUUGUGGGACAAUAUGGCCAUCCCUGCGCUGGCUGAGUUCAGGGGCACAGACUUCAGGCUGCAGGGCGCCGUCCUGCGUCGGCAGCUUCAGAGCAUGGCUGACCUGCUGCCUCCCAGCCUGCAGGAAGGCUACAUGGAGAGCUGCGAGAGCCUGGUGGAGGACCCCGACCCACUCAUAGCAGCCCAGGAGAUCCAGACAGUCUUCCGAGACUUCCUGCCUCCCAAUAUGCUCCCUGAUGGCCUAGUGGAGGCGUGCAUCACCUGCCUGCAGCAAUAUGUCCAAAGCAAGGUCCAAGGCAGCAACCCGCUGGCCCGAUCUGGAGUGUUCUGGGUCAACAUGGGUCUGCUGCAGAUCAAAGUGUGGACACCACAGACCAUCUUUGACCCAGCUGUGAAGAGGGCCUACAAACUCAACUACGCUCAGCAGGAGCUGGCUCUGCUGCAGGAGGAGUGGAGAGGACGGAGCCUGUCGUCUCAGCUGAUGACUGGAGCAGAGCUGGAGGAGAGCAGCACCACUGAUGGUUUCCAGCAUCCUCGAAUCAGGUACCUGUGGAUCCGUAUGCAGCAGGUGAAGGAGCAGAUAGCUGAGCUCUCCAGGAAGCAGGCCUGUCGCCCCCAUGAACCCCAGUAUGGGAGACUCUUCCAGGAGCUCCAGCACUACCUCUGCAGCAUCGGCCAGGCAUCAGCAGUGGAAGACCUGCUGUCCCACCUACUGAAAGCCCUGCAGGGCUCCUCCUCCAAAUCCAGGUCAGCAGUCCAGAGUCUGCUGAAGGAGGAGGCUGUGUGGCAGAACUCCCAGCAGCGCUUCUGCCAGAGGCUGCUGGAGGACUACCCACUGUACCCAGACGUGGUCGGGCCGGUGCGGACCGGCAUCCUCCAGCUCCGGCACGGUAUGAGGCUGGUAGCCUCCCAGGUGGCCGCCUCACUCACGCCUGUACCAGGACUUCCCAAGCUGGUGUCCUGCCUGCUCGCCUUACCCUCCCUGUCCCCCAGCCUGCCAUCCCACCUGGCCCAGGCGGACUUCCUCUGCUCCAGGUCUUGUAUGGACAUUCUGCGCAGCCUCAUGAAGCUGCUGCCACAGCAGGACCCCGAGCAUGUGGUCCCCCAGUCCUCCACACUGCUCCUCAACGCUCUGCUCUAUGUGCAGUGCCACACCCUGUCCACAGGAGAGUUCAGCAACGAGGCCCAGAGCCUCUUCAGACACAUCUGUCAGGCUCUGGUGAACGAGUGGGACGAGCAGGAGAGAAGGCGGAGAGAGCGAGAGCAGCUGGAGGCCAGUCUGUACCGCAACCGCAGUCGGCUGCACGGCUCAGGACUGACUGAGGACGAGCAGGAGGAGAGGGACUUCAGACGCCAGUUCCCUCAGUUCCACAAGGACUUUGCAGACAUCGUGUCUCAGCCGACCCUGGAGGGUCCAGCUGACGCAGGACUGGAGGAAGAGGAAGCUCAGGAGGAGUCCAGUGAGAGCGGCUUCCUGUCACCUGCUGCUAUGAACAUGGUGGUCCAGGUUCAUCAGCGCCUGUGUCUGGGAUACGCCCAAUCACUGUGGUACCAGAGCACAGCACCAGCCAAUCACAGCAAAGAGCACAUCAAAGCCCUGGUCUCCUCCUACCAGAUCGCUGCCCCCUUGAUGUCACGCUUCUAUCAUCUGAUUGACGCAGAACUGGACCAGCAGCUUACAGGCAGUGAACUGCUGGUCUCUGCCCUCCUCCAGAACACAGUUCAGGGUUCAGGGGGUCCUGAUGGCCUGGCCGUCACCUCAGAAGGACCUUAUGACUUCUACCAGCAGCCCAACAUGAGCGAGGCCCGCCUCUGUCUUCCUGUCCUGGAGCAGCUGAGUGUGGCUGUGAAGCAGAGACUGGAGGACUGGCCUGAGCACCCGGCUCUCGUACAGCUGACAGUGGUGAUGGAGAGGAUCAUGGCUUUCAGUCUGUCCAGCCCACUGGCCAAGUUCCUUAACGGCUUGGAGAUACUACUCAGUAAAGCACAGGACUGGGAGAAUAAUGCCAGCCGCUCAGUGUCUCUGCAGAAGGAACUGGAACCAGUUACCCAGCUGAUUAUCCAGUGGCGCAAACUGGAGCUCAGUUGUUGGUCAAGCAGUCUGGACAACGCAGUGAAGCGGCACACUGAGAAAUCAACCAAACACUGGUUCUCUAUCUACCAGCUGAUAGAGCGAUAUCUGGAGGAACAGAGGAUGGAUGCUAACACAGGUGAGGAGGUGGAGCGCCUCUCCCUGUCCUCAGUGUCCUCCACCCUCCAGGCCUUCAUGGAGGGCUCCACCCUGGGCGAGUUCCACACCCGCCUGGUCAUGCUGCUCAGCUUCCACUGCCACCUCCUGCUGGUCUCCAACCAGCCUGGACAAGAAUCAUUGUCCAGUCUUCUGUGGAACCUGCAUAAAUACUACAGUCAGUUCUCUGACUGCAUCCAGACCAAAAUCAGCCAGCUCAGACAGCCCAUCGAGAAGGAGCUCAAGGACUUUGUCAAGAUCUCAAAGUGGAACGAUGUUAGUUUCUGGUCCAUCAAGCAGUCAGUAGAGAAGACACAUCGGACUCUCUUCAAGUUUGUCAAGAAGUUUCAGGAGGCUCUGAAUGGUCCGAGUGUUCCUGCUCUGGUGGAACAGGGAAGCAGCGCCAGCUUGGACAGUGUGGACACCAACCCAGAGGAGACACCCGUCCAUCGGGUUCACCGUGCACUGAAGAGCACCCUGCCUGGAAAGGGCAGAGAUCUGCAGAAUGAGGAACCAGAGGAAGGAGUUGAGGCUGCAUCUCUUCAGGGACGUCUGCCUGUUCUGGUCAGGAAGAUGAAGAAGAUGUGCGUCCAGCUGCUGAAGAAAAACCCAGCACCUGAGCUAGCUGAAGACCUGGACUACUUCACUGGCGAGGUCAUCAGCAACCUGCGGGACCUGCAGAGCCUCAACAUCGACAUGUCAGCGGAUAAAGAGAAGCAGAAAGCUGAGGUCAAGCAUAUCCUGCAGCAGAAGCAGAGAGCUCUGUCUGACCUGUUCAAGAUGCUCGCAGAAAUAGGUCUGUCGUACCGUAAAGGCCUAACAUGGAACAGGACAGCUGACCCAGAGAAAACCCUCUGUAUGCAGCCGCUGGAGAUGAGCACGGCUCUGUCUGCUGUCAGGAACCAGGAGCAGGCUGAGAGCAUGUUGUUUACAGAGUUGUUGACAGCAUGGGAUGGAUGUCAGAAGUACUUCUACCGUUCAUGGGCCAGAAGAACAGCCAUGCUGACUGCUCUCCAGCACGCUGCCAAGGAGCUGGGUCUGGGGAACAUAGAGCGCUGCAGAGGUUUCUCCUCUCACCUGUUCAAGCUGCUCCUCAGACAGAGACAACGACUGGCCAAGCUCACUGAACAGUGGGUCCAUCUCAGGAGGCAAACGAGCAGCGUCCAGGAUGUCAGGACCCACCUCCAAAGCCACAGCGAGGACGCAGGCUGCACGCUCCCGCCACAGGCCUCUCUCCAGGGAUGGGUGAGCAGAGGGCAGUCUCUGGCUUCUCAGUGCAGCACCCUCCUGCAGCAGCUGUCCUGGCUGCUGCAGUGCUGCCCCGAAGACCCCCAGCAGAAGGAGGAGGCAAGCAGCUGCAGGCAGCACACCCUGAGGUGCCCGUCUCCACUGGCGGCACAGCGGCAACCUCCCGGCUGUCUGAUGCGGAGGGGAGAUGCCGCCUGGUGCCACUUAAACCAGCGUGUGACUGUAAUGUUGAAGCAGACCCAGAACCUGAAGACAGAGCUGGACAACAUGGCACAGCAGACCUCAGACAGAGUACUGCACACAUGGAACUAUUUUGUCACGUGCUGUUCAGCCUUCGACCAGCUGGCGUCUGUGGUGGCUCAGAUGCCCAGCAUAGAGCAGCACUUCACCCCUGCUGUGUGUGUCAGCAUCACAGACAGCCAGCCGGCCAUCACACAGAGCCUGCAGUAUGUCAGAGGACAGGUGGAGGCUAACAUCACCGAGUUCACCACCUGGAAGACACAGCUGCUCUCCCUGGGACACCAACACUCAGAUGACCAGCCUGCCUUCUGCUCUGAGUUCUCUGCUGAACUGGAGACAAACAUCAACACGGUGCUGUGUGCUGUCCAGACGCUGGUGAAGAGAAGGGAGAGAGAAGAGCAGAGAGAGCAGCAAGGAGACGUCAAGAGAGAGAGUGCUGAAGAGGUGGAGGAGGAUGAAGAGCCGGUGGAAGACCUGCUGAAGCCCGGUCACCUGACUCGUCUGCUGGAGGAGGAGCUGACAGCUGAGGUGGAGGCUCUGUGUGUGGGAGAUGUGAGCGCCGGGCUGGAGAAGCUGCUGAGCCGCCUGAGGACACACAGAGACUCCUGUCAGCCACCGCAGCUGCAGGAGGUGAACAAGGCGUGCAGGAUGCUGGUGCGUCUGGAACCCUUGCUGGGGAUUUACUCUGACCUGGUGCGUUACUACCUGGCUGUGUCACUGGGAGCCCACAGGAGCACUGGGAAACUGCUGUCUGUACUGGGCAGCAUCUUCACCGAACUCGCUCAGAAGGGUUUCUGCCUGCCUCAGGAGCUAAUGGCCGGUGGAGACGGUGAAGGCGCUACAGAGUUUCACGACUACGAGGGCGGUGGUAUAGGAGAGGGCGACGGCACCAAAGACGUCAGUGACAAGAUCGAGAAUGAAGAUCAGGUGGAGGACACCUUCCAGGAGGGCCAGGAAAAGGAAGAACAGCAGGAUAAAGGGAAUAUCAAGGCAGAAGACAACGCUAUCGAGAUGUCAGAGGACUUUGAUGGCCAAAUGCAUGACGGGGAUGAGAAUGAAGGAGGUGAAGAUGAGGAGUCUGACAAAGAGGAACAGGAGGAGCUGGACAAAAAGAUGGGUGACCUGGGCGAAGGACAGACAGACACUCUGGAUGAGAGAAUGUGGGGGGACGAUGAGGAUGAUGAGGAUGAGGAAGGAAGUGAUAAGGAGGAAGAGUCUGGCCAGGGCAUGGACCAGGGUGAAUCUGAGUUGGUUGCUAAAGACGACAACUUGGAUGCUGCAGACCCCAACAAAGACAAGAAAAACCAGGACAAAGAUGAACAGAUGGAUGCAGAGGAGAAAGAGAAAAUCAACGAACAGGGAGAUGAGAGGGAGUUUGAUGAGAAUGAAGUGGACCCCUACCACGGUCAGCAGGACAAGAGGCCUGAGCCUGAAGCCAUGGAUCUACCAGAGGAUCUCAACCUGGACAAGGAUGAUGAGGCUGGAGACGAUGGAGAGGGCGAGGGUGACGAGGAGAAUCCAUUCGACAUCGAUGAGAAGGCCAUGGCUCCGGAUGAGAAGGAGGAUGGACAGAAAGAUGGAGAGGAGGGAGAAGGAGCAGAGGAGAUGGAGGAGGAACAGUCUGACCAAGCAACAGAGGAGAACGGUCAGCAGCCCAAGACUGAGGAGGAAGAGGAGGGAGGAGGAGAGAAAGCAGAGGGAGACGAGGAGUCUGCUGAGAAAGAUCAAGUAGAGGAGGAGGAGGAGGAGAAGGAGGAGAGAGGAGAGGAGGCAGGAAGAGACGAGGAUCUGACUGUUCCAAACGACAAAGGAAACAAACCAAAGGAUGAGGAGGAUGAAGGUGCGGAUGAGGAUGAGGAACAGCCGGAGUCAGCUGAGAGGAAGGAGCACAACACAGACGGUCAGACUGGAGAGCAGAAUGUUCAGAGUGAUACAGCUGUGGAACUGGCAGGAGAGGCCUCCGAGAGAGACCAAGCUAAAGAGGAGCAUGGGAGCGGAGCAGCUGAUGCCAGCCAAUCAGAGGGCCACCAAUCAAAGCUGACAGCAAGAAUGGCUUCACAGAAACAGACUCAGAGCAAGACUCAGAGCUUUAAGAGAAAACCUGGUCAAGCAGACAACGAGCGGUCGACGGGUGACUACAAUGAACGCAUCAACAAGCGUCUGCGUACGGUGGAGAACUCUAAAGAUCGGACUGAGGAUGGCAGGCAGAGUGACGCCCAGCAGGAGUCAGACCUGUACGAGCACAUCAAACAGGGAGAGACGUCCUACGACACUCAGACAUACGAUGUUGCCAGUGCAGACCAGCAGAAAGCAGCAGGGCCUCAGCAGGACCAGGAUGAAGAUCAGAAUGAUGAGGAUGUCGCCAUGGAAACAGAGGACCAAGAAGAGGACCUUCAGGCUGCUGAGGUCCAGGAGCUGAAGCCUGAACAGCUGGACUCUACCAAGACCUCCCAGAAAGGUAUAGACAGUGGAGAGAUGGAGGUGCAGAUGCAGGGAGAGGAGGAGGAAGAGGACAGGUUGAAGGACCACCAACAUCCCAGAGAUGAAGAGCGAGCAGAGAGGAGCACAGAAUCCACUAUUCACACUGUUCCUGAGCUGCUGUUGGACGCCAUGCAGAAAGCAGAGAGGGACCCAGAGGAGAUCAGGAGGGAGAUGGAGCUGCAGUUGGAAGCUUGGCACAAACUGGCUCCAGGAGCUCAGGAGGAGGAGAGUGCAGCAGCCUCCAUGUGGCACCAGUAUCAGACUCUGACCUCAGCUCUGUCCCAGCAGCUGUGUGAGCAGCUCCGCCUCAUCCUGGAGCCCACGCAGGCCGCCAAACUCAAAGGCGAUUACCGCACAGGGAAGCGUCUCAACAUGAGAAAGGUGAUCCCCUACAUCGCCAGCCAGUUCCGUAAAGACAAGAUCUGGCUGAGGAGGACCAAACCCAGCAAGAGAGAGUACCAGAUCUGUCUGGCUGUGGACGACUCCUCCAGCAUGGUGGACAACCACUCUAAACAGCUGGCGUUUGAAUCCCUGUCGGUGAUCAUCAACGCUCUCACCCUGCUGGAGGUGGGACAGGUGUCUGUGUGCAGUUUUGGCGAGGAGGUGCAGCUGCUUCAUCCCUUCCAGCAGCAGUUCAACGAUGAGUCUGGAGCUCGGAUACUCCGACUCUGUCAGUUCCAGCAGAAGAAAACCAGAAUAGCACAGUUUUUGGAGACCUCAACUAAAAUGUUUCUGGCAGCUCGACAGCAGAUUCCAGGAUCUACAAAUUCAGAGACGGCCCAGCUGCUGGUCAUCGUGUCUGAUGGCAGGGGGUUGUUCCUGGAGGGGAAGGAGCGGGUGAUGGCAGCAGUGCGGGCAGCACGCAGCGCCAACGUCUUCGUCAUCUUCGUGGUACUUGACAACCCCAACUCACGGGACUCCAUCCUGGACAUCAAGGUGCCCAUAUUCAAAGGGCCGGGAGAACUGCCAGAGAUCCGCUCCUACAUGGAGGAGUUCCCCUUCCCCUUCUACGUCAUCCUGCGAGACGUCAACGCCCUGCCAGAGACGCUGAGCGACGCACUCAGGCAGUGGUUUGAACUCGUCACGGCAGCCGACCAGUAGACCAAUGAGAAGCCAUCUUUUUCAGGAAGGGAGAAGUGGGCAGCAACCAACUGCACAAUGCCACUCUGCUGCUAGCGUCUCAGAAGGACUCAAAAAAGAAAAGACGGUUUUGCCGCUGUACAUGUGCCUUUAUUUUCUUAUUUUUACUGUCAUUUUAGUGGACUGUAGAAUUUGAUAGCAACCUUUGCUGUUUUGUCUUUGUUAUCAGGGGAAUUCUGUUUCUUUUGUAAUGUAACCAGGAUUGCUUUAACUUGCACGUCUGAGAUGAAAUGAUAGAAACAAAAAUGUGAUUCCCUCGUGUGUGAACCACCUCAGUGAAGUCAGUAAAUACCUCUGUCCCUGUGUACUAUACCCCUGAUUCACAUUUGUGUGGAUGUUUUAGUCAGUGUUACCAUCACUUAUCUUCAUUGUGAACACACGCCGAUGAUGUACAGAGCUGUGGGAUUGUGUUUUGUGUAAAAGAACUUCCUAACGUCAUUACAGUAGCAUGUCGGUAUGGUCAUGACUGACACUCGGAGGAAGUCAAUAAUGUGCCUUGGAGAGGAGAACAGUAUCGCAUCUCACUUCACACCUGAUUCAGCUGUUGGGGUGAUGGAUCAGAGGCACAGUCACAGCUCCGUCAGAUAUUCGGCUCUCAUGCACUUUGAAGCACAGAGACUGCAGACUCCAGUUUUGAUAAAUGUCCCAGUAUAACCCAUUUUAGUGGUUUAAAGACACAUAUCUGCAGUGUUCAUCUUCCAUCCAUACUUGUGACUUCCGCUAAACGAGACCUGGGAGCUCGUCACUGUGUCCGUUAGGGGUAGGUGUUGAUGAAAUGUGCAUUGAAGUGUUUAUUAUCACCUCUGUGUUUUGUAACGUGGACUUACAUGUACACAAACAUAUCGGUCAUAUUUAAAAGGUUGUUUCUUAAUGCAUCCGUGUGUCAAACCCUGACACGAAUGAUCCUGACAAUAAACAGUUUACAAGGUU